GGGUUCUGGGGGCCUCGGAUGAAGCAGAUGCCGACUUCGCACACUUUCCCCUCAGCAAACUUGGCCGCGCAACAGAAAGGAAGCAAAUAACGCCACGGGUAGGUUACCUAGGUGUAUCUAGCCAUACCCAGAGAGGGAGAAAAAAAAAAGAGAGUUACCCCAAGAAGCAACAAUGGCGGCCACGAACCCGCUGCAGAAGUGGUUCCCCAACACCGAGGCACCCCUCAUCAUUAGCGCCCCAAUGCUUGGCUUCGCCAACGGGACCCUGGCCGCUGAGGUCUCCAAGGCGGGCGGGCUGGGGAUGGUCCCCGGCGGCUACGACUUCGCCCCGGGCUCGGACCAGAUGAGCAAGCUGGACGCCGAGCUCGGCACGGCCCGGGCCGCGCUGGGCCUGGGCGCGAACGACGGCCCCGCCCCCGUCGGCGUCGGCUUCAUCCUGACCCGGGCGGCGGCGGGCGCCGAGAAGGACUUUGCCAACGCCGUCGCCGCCGUCGUGGCCCGCCGCCAGCCCGCCGCCGUCUGGCUGUUCGCGCCGCCGCCGCCUGACGACAACGACGACGACGCCGCUGAAGGAGCAGUCGGCCAGGCGAGCCUGAUCAAGGCCGUCCGCCGGGCCGCCGCCGCCGCCUCCAAGGCCGCCUACGACGUCUGUGUUUUCGUGCAGGUCGGCACCGUGGCGGCGGCGCGGCGGGCCGCCAGGGAGGGCGCCGACGUCAUCGUGGCCCAGGGCGUCGACGCGGGCGGCCACCAGUUCGCCGUGGGGAGCGGCGUGGUCGGGCUGGUGCCCGAGGUCCGCGACAUGCUCGACGCCGAGUUCGCCGGCCGCCGCAUCGGCCUGGUCGCCGCCGGCGGCAUCGCCGACGGGAGGGGCGUGGCGGCCGCCCUCGCGCUUGGGGCGGAUGGCGCCGUGCUUGGUACCAGGUUCCUCGUUUCCAAUGAAGCGUCGACGCCCGAGUGGCAACGCAAGUUGUACCUCGAGACCAAAGACGGAGGUCUCACGACCAACAAAUCGGACUUUCACGACCAGGUUCGGGGAACGACCGACAUAUGGCCGGCCUUUUACGACGGGCGGGCAAUCAUCUCGCAAUCGUACCGCGAUCACCUCGCUGGCGUGCCCGGGGAGGAAGUGAUAAGCAGAUACGAUGCUGCCGGCGCCACUGGGGACAAGUCGCGCAUGGUCAGCUGGGCGGGAUCGGCAAUUGGCCUAGUCAACGAGGCGCUGCCUGCUGGCGAGAUCGUUGUCAAGGUCCGAGGACAGGCAAGGUCUAGGCUCCGCGCUCUACAGCCGCUAGCAUGGAGAGCAAUCGCCAAAUAUUAAUAGCAGCUUGUAACUCGAGACAGCCUGGACAGACCGCUUAAUAGGUCACAGCUAACCGGAGCUGGAAACGGAGAGUCUGCAGUUGCUAUUCUAGUGAUUUUCAACCGAGAGGGGCUACGAGGCGAGGAUAGCAUCAUCAGCUGCUCGGCAAGAUUCAACGCCGCUGUGUGACCAUGUGAACAGUAAAGAUUCGCCUGGAAGCCAUCUGGAC